CCCCAGCGCUCCAAACGAGAGCGACAGCAUCCGCGCUUGUCUGUUGCGACCCAAACAUUACCAGUUUACCCGCACGCAACAUGCUGGAAUGGAUGCAUCGGCCUCGGAAAGCUAGCCCUCUGCCCAGGACAAACCGCCCAUGCCCCGUUGCUUGCUUCAGAUGCCAUUUCCACAGCGCACACGCCUCACUGUUCCUGUACGUGCAGGUCCGUGCAUCUCCCUCUCCCCUCCCUUCGCCAGAUUUUCCUGAAUUAUCGAGAUUCUCAUCACCGCCGAACGCCGAUAGUGAUACUGACACCCACGGGACCUGCCGACGGGACUGCAUCGCACUGGAGCAGAGGAGCUAGCGUCCGCGACCUUGCGUCUUGUCCCCGUCCGGCGGUCGGCGCCGCCGCGUCCAGGCCUUCCCCCCUGAGACAGCGGCAUGUGCUCUCCCGGCCCCUCGCUUUCCAGCUCUACCAUUUUUUAAACCCUUUUUCCUCACUCCAUUGGACAGCUGCAAACCAAUCAGCCCGACGCUGCGAGCUGCUGAUGAAAAUCAAAUCCCUGGCCAUCGCCCAGCUAGCCUACCAGCACCCUCAUCAGCUCAUCUGAUCAUCAUCAUCGUCUCCUUUCGUUUCACACAGGCGCAGAGGAGAGGAGCCCACACCUCAUGUGGGAAGAUUGCACGAUCGGACCCGCCGGAAUCGCGGAUCUCUGAUCGCCCACCGCUUCUUGCAGAUAUCCCUCGCUGUCUGUCCGCCUGCCAUCCCCGAUUAAUCAAUCAAACAGCCGCGCCGCGGGCCUGCUGCCGGCGCCGCACCGUGGGCGUGGCCUCCUCCUGAAUCAUCGCUUGCUUUUAUUAGUAGCGGUAUCAGUUUUCGUCUUCCCUCUCGGGUCCAUCUCUAUUCUCUAGUGUGAACUGAACUACUCUGAAGCUCGCCAAGGAGCUGCCAUUUGUUGAGCAGAGCUCAACCUCGUCGGCAAAUCCUCCGCUCUUAAGUUUCCCCGCUGUGACUCUUGUGUGGCGGCGGGAUUGGUGGUUCCUCAUUGUUUCUGCUUCUACUUCUUCUUGUGGCGGCGGCCGCGGCAGGCGCCCUUGUUCAAUCCUGGUUCCUGCCGAGAGAGGAAGCUCCCCAAUCCGUGCAGUGCGGGGAUCGACGACGCGUCUUCAGAAUCCGUCAGGUUGCGGAUUCUUGGCAUUGGGGGAGAUCCUGGUGAUUCUGCUAGGGUUUAACCCUCAAAAUUACGGACAAAGAUGAGAUCGUUUCGGUAUCUGCUGCUGAUUCUUGCGGUGUUCUUGAUCCUGGAUAGCGCCCGAGCACAAUCCAAGCCGUUUCUGAUCAACUGCGGCUCGGAUUCCAGCACCGACGUCGACGGCCGGACAUGGGUGGGGGACUUCCGUCCUGACGGCGGCAACUUCACCGUCACCUUACCAGGAGCCAUUGCCCUGGCUCCAAAAGCUUCAGGUGGAGAUGAUUUCUAUGAGGAUCUCUACAGGACUGCCCGCGUCUUCAACGCGUCGUCCACCUACAAGUUCAGUGUGCCCCCCGGAAGCUACUUCCUUCGGCUCCAUUUCAGUCAGCUGUUCAGCAAUCUCAGUGCCAAGGAAUCUGUUUUCGAUGUCGCGGGGAAUGGCCUGAAGCUGCUGUCCAAGUUCAGUGUCCCUGGGGAGGUCUACCAGAGGAACUCCAAGAUCAACUCCACCAGCAACGUCAUUGUGAAGGAGUACCUUCUGAAUGUCACCUCCGGGAAGCUGGAGGUUGAGUUUGCUCCUGAUGAUGGGUCAUUUGCCUUCAUCAAUGCCAUGGAGGUGGUGCCUGUGCCCGGCAACUCGGUCUUCGAUUCGGUUAACAAGGUGGGUGGUGUUGGGGUGAAAGGCCCUUUCAGCCUUGGGGACAGUGGCAUCGAAACCAUGUAUAGGGUGUGUGUGGGAGGUGGCAAGAUUGAGAGGAAGGAGGAUCCUCGCUUAUGGAGGAAGUGGGAUUCGGAUGAGCAUUACAUAUUCUCUCUGAAUGCUGCUCAUAGCAUCAAAAAUACAUCCAACAUAAGCUAUGUGUCAAGUGAUGAUUUGACUUCUGCGCCUCUAAGGCUCUAUGAGACCGCCAGGGUAACGGAGGAGACUUUUGUUGUGGAUAAGAAGUUCAAUGUGUCAUGGAGGUUCAAUGUAGACCCUGGCUUUGAUUACUUGGUCCGGCUGCAUUUUUGUGAGCUUGAGUAUGAAAAGGCGGAGCAGCGCAAAUUCAAGAUCUACAUCAAUAGCAAGACUGCUGCAGAGAACUAUGAUGUGUUUGCUAAAGCUGGGGGCAAGAACAAGGCUUUUCAUGAGGACUUUCUUGAUGAUGCCUCCUCGGACACACUUUGGGUUCAGUUGGGUUCCGAGUCCUCUGCAACAAGCGCUGCAGCUAGUGAUGCACUUUUGAAUGGCAUGGAAAUCUUUAAGGUCAGCCGGGAUGGAAAUCUUGGCCAUCCAACAAUUAGAAUUGGGGGUAUGAAUGGUGGCAUGGUGAAGCCAAAGCGUAGCCCCAAGUGGGUACUAAUUGGUGCUGCUGCUGGUUUGGUGAUUUUUAUCUCAAUUGCUGGUGCUGUUUAUUUCUGCUUUUAUCUGCGACGGAAGAAUAAUAUUCCAGCUAACAUGACCAAGGACAACCCUCCGGCUACACCAAUGGCUACUAAUGCUCGUGCCUCCCCGACUCUUCGCACAACUGGAACAUUUGGUAGCUGCAGGAUGGGCAGGCAAUUCAGUAUUGCAGAAAUCAAAGCAGCCACCAUGAACUUUGAUGAAUCUUUGGUGAUUGGAAUUGGAGGUUUUGGCAAAGUCUACAAGGGUGAAACUGAAAAUGGCACCCCAGUGGCAAUUAAGAGGGGGCAUGCACAAUCUCAGCAGGGUGUGAAGGAAUUUGAAACUGAGAUCGAGAUGCUCUCAAGGCUGCGACACCGGCACCUCGUGUCCUUGAUUGGCUAUUGUGAUGAACAAAAUGAGAUGAUCUUAGUUUAUGAGCACAUGGCAAAUGGCACCUUGAGGAGCCACCUUUAUGGAAGUGACCUUCCUGCUCUGACAUGGAAGCAAAGGCUUGAAAUCUGCAUUGGUGCGGCAAGAGGGCUUUACUACCUUCACACUGGACUUGACAGGGGCAUAAUUCACAGGGAUGUUAAGACUACCAAUAUUUUGCUAGAUGACAAUUUUGUUGCAAAGAUGGCAGAUUUUGGUAUUUCAAAAGAUGGUCCAUUGGAUCAUACUCAUGUUAGUACUGCUGUGAAGGGGAGUUUUGGUUACCUUGAUCCAGAGUACUUUAUGAGACAACAGUUAACUCAGAGUUCAGAUGUGUACUCUUUUGGUGUGGUGCUGCUUGAAGUGUUAUGCGCUCGGCCAGUCAUCAACCCGACCUUGCCAAGGGAUCAGAUAAACCUUCCUGAGUGGGCUCUUAAGUGGAAAAGACAGAACUUGCUUGAGACCAUAAUCGAUCCUCGAUUAGGUGGAAAUUACACGCUGGACUCUGUCAAGCAAUUCAGUGAGAUAGCAGAAAAAUGCCUUGCAGAUGAGGGGAGGAGCCGGCCAUCAAUGGGUGAAGUACUGUGGCACCUAGAGAAUGCUUUGCAGUUGCACCAAGCGUAUUUGCAAACUGCAACUGCUGAUGGUCUAUCAGGACCUGAACUGAAGCUCUCUGAUGCAUCCACUAAUAUACGGUGCAUCGAAGAAGUAGAAGAAUCUGCUCAUUCAGACUGUCAGGAUGCAGACGGGGAAUCAGUUGAUAUCAGAAUUGAGGUGCCGGAGACUGUUUGAAUUGCUGAUCUCAAUCAACUGAAUAGGGUGUGUGUCCAAUUAACAACGUGCUCAGCUGCACUGCCAUCUGCAGUACUGUAAAACCAUAUAUGGUUGCCCCAACAAUAUACUGAAAUUAUUUUUUCUUCAGUGGGGUUGAUUCUUUCUUUUCUUUUCACUUGUUGUGCUGAUGUAGAAAGUGCUAAAUUAUGUCAAUUCGAUUUAUUCUUUUGUAAUACUCUGGAAUGAAAUGCAAUGCUAAGCAUUACUUGGGAGAUUUGUGCAUGGAAA